UCACAGGCCCGCCGGAAGUCUCCGGGUUAGAGCCGGAGGCUGUAGCGCUGUAGCAUUGGCGGUUGCCCCCAAACCUUGGGCCUCCUGGAGGAACCAUGCCUCCUGCUGCUGGGGGUGCCGCCAGUAGUGGUGCUCACACUACUCUGCCUGAGAGGAGCUGCUAGAGGAGCUGUUGACUCUGAAUGUUGGGAAGAUGACUGCCAAAGUUGUCGGCUGAAAAAGUAGCCAAUCGAGAAAGAUGUAGGCUGGAGACUUUGAAUUACCUGCUUCAGGGAUGGAUUUCCUGGCUCUCUUUUUGUUCUACCUGGCUUUCGUGCUGACCAGCGUUGUUAUGAUUUGCAUCUGCUUAAAAAGUCAUCGUCUCACAAGCCUGGUCCAGGGUGGAACGCAGCUAUGUUCCUGUAUAAUUCCACAAUGCCUUCAGAGAGCCAUGCAAAGAUGGCUUCAUUACUUCUUCCACACACGCAACUGCACUUUCAUUAUCCUGCACCUGGUCUUGCAAGGGCUGGUUUAUAUUGAGUAUACCUGGGAAAUAUUUGGCUACUGUCAAGAGCUGGAGUUCUCAUUGUGUUACCUUCUUCUGCCCUAUUUGUUGCUGAUGAUAAACUUAGUUUUCUUCACCCUAACUUGUUUUACCAAUCCUGGCACUAUAACAAAAACAAAUGAAUUAUUAUUUCUUCAAGUUUAUGAGUUUGAUGAUGUAAUGUUUGCAAAGAACAUGAGUUGCUCUACUUGUGGUUUAAAGAAGCCAGCUCGAUCCAAGCACUGCAGUGUAUGUAACCACUGUGUGCACCGUUUUGACCAUCACUGUGUUUGGGUAAACAACUGCAUUGGGGCCUGGAACACCAGAUACUUCCUCAUCUACCUCCUGACACUGAGCGCGUCAGCAGCUACCAUGGCCGUCCUGAGCGCAGCAUUUCUGGUCCGCUUGGUGAUGGUGUCAGAUCUGUACCAGAAAAUGUACAUUGAUGACUUCGGACAGUUCCAGGUUAUGGACACAGUCUUUCUCAUUCAGUACCUGUUCCUGACCUUCCCAAGGAUUGUCUUCUUGCUGGGCUUUGUUAUGGUGCUGAGCCUCCUCCUGGGGGGCUACCUGUGCUUUGCUGUGUACCUGGCUGCCACCAAUCAGACCACCAACGAAUGGUUCAAAGGAGACUGGGCCUGGUAUCAGCACUGCCCCCUGGUGGCCAGGCGCUCAUCAGCUGAAUCCCAAAGUUACCAGAACAUUUACUCCCAUGGACUUUGGAGCAACCUCCAAGAGAUCUUUCUACUUGCAGGCCCAUGUUACGAAAGAAAGAGGAAAUAAAUGGAAAGAGUGUCACUGUC